CUUCAAUAACUUGUGCAGCAUAAAACUCUUGAUCAUGGCCCGUGAAGUCAUCAACCAGGACACAUAUAGCCAAGAGGAUCAUCAGGUCGCAUAUGUCUUCGACCCUGAAGACGAUGGGACACGCCAAAAGCCAGCCAAGCGGAGAAGAAGAUCUAAGCAGGGCCAGGAUUCUGCAGAAAUAGUGAAAGAUUCAUCAGCUUUUGUGCCUCUUCUCAAUGGUGCUGAGAAACCCGAGUUCGUCAAAUUAAGGGAGAGAUUGUUCCAGGAAAGCUGGGCUAAGAUUGAUGAACGGAUCGAGAGAAUACUCAAAACUUCAAAUCUCGAGACUCUCAAUGAAGUCAGCGAGUUUGCCAAAGACGCAGUGACAGAAUCUGGGGAUAGAAUCCCUUCAGCAUUCAUCAUCACAGGACCUAACAUCGCAUCACAAGAUCUUCUCUUUCAACAAUUAUCGGAGACACUUCAGCAAACAACAUCAAGCAAGUUUGUUGGUUUGCGGUCAUCAGAGGCAUCGACGCUGAAAGCCACGUUGAAGAAGAUUAUUCGAGAUGUCACAGCCAAAGCCUCCACUGAUGAGGAUGAUGAUCUUGAAGUCAGUGACGGUCGAGAGGGACGAAGGUAUCUCGACUAUGAUCUUGAAGCGCUGUAUGCAUUUAUCAAACCCCAAAAUGUAGAGCAUGUGUUUGUCGCCUUUCAAGACAGUGAAGGUUUCGACAGCAGUUUAUUAUCGGAUUUGAUCAUUCUCUUCAACUCUUGGCGCCCUCGUAUACCAUUUACUCUCCUCUUUGGUAUCGCCACAUCAGUCGAGCUUCUCCAAGCCAGACUACUCAAGGCUUCUUGUCAGCAAAUUUAUGGAGCGCAGUUUGAUGUGAUUCAGACCUCGGCCAUUCUCGAGACAGUCUUCAAAACAGCGGUAGCAACAUCUGAUGCUCCUGUAGUACUGGGAGCAUCGCUCAUCCGCAGCCUGCUUGAUCGUCAGCAUGACCAGGUUUCAGGCAUUCAAACAUUCACUAUGUCAUUGAAGUACGCUUAUAUGUGUCAUUUCUAUGCGAAUCCACUCAGCGUUCUCGAGCAUACCGCAUCGUUGCAAGCCGAGCAUAUCGAGGCCAUUCGGCAUACUGAUUCUUUCAGGGAAAAUGUUGAGCAGGCAGUAGAAUCUGGCAUCUUGGAUAAUGUGCAAUACGCCAAAGGUUUGCUUGAGAACGACGAGUUUCUCGUUACGCGAGUUCAAGAUAGUCUAGCCCGUCGUCAAGAAUCUGUUGAGGAUUUUUUGCGGUCACUUCUUAUUCUUGGAGAAACAGAAUCGCAAGACAUUGAGUUCUCAAGAGCAUAUGCGGAAGCUUUGGAUGAGGGCGUUUCAAUCACUGAGAACUCGAGAGCUAUUGAGUCGGUACGACGUAUGGACGUCGGCGAGCUGCUGGUCAUGCUUCGCAAGGUUGUAUCAAUCUUGCAGAAAGGAGAUUGUGGCUUACUUCUCGGUCCAGCAACGAAGCAAACGGACCUUGAAUUUCGAGAUGCACUGACAAGACAACUUGUCGAUCUGGAAGAGCUACAAUCAAAGGCAGAAGAGCAGGGGAUUACACUACGGAGCAAGUACAGCGGGCAGAGUAAAGUGAUGCGCACAACUGUGAUUGCACAAAGAGUUCAAUUAAGUCAAGACUCAGCUGCACUUACAGAUGAAGACAAGCAACUUACUCAGGCCAUCGACGACCUCACCGGGCUAUUAGUCACGCAUGUUCAGUUUGUCAGACCCAGGUCUCUUUUGUUGUCGGAGAGCUGGUUGUACGAUUCUCGAGCUCCGUCGCGAGAUGUAUUCGUGCCUCGACCACGGGCCGUUCUAGAACGCAGCCUCACCAGGCCGCACGACUAUUUGUCAUGUUCAUGCUGCAAGCCAGGCGAUGGAGAAACACCGGCAACUCUGCCGGCCACGGCGCUCUUAUACCGCCUAUACACAGAGACUGGGAGCCUCAUCAACGUGGCAGAUCUCUGGGCUGCAUUCUCAGCACUUGUAAGCGAGGAGGAGACAGACGAACGCAAGUCGCUGGUAAUGUUUUACCGUGCGCUGGCUGAGCUGAGGGCUUUGGGAUUCGUCAAAGCAAGCAAGAAGAAAGCGGACCACAUUGCCAAGCUGAAGUGGCUCUGAAUAUGGGGAUUGCGAUUGCAUUGGUCGAACAAAGUUUGAGAAAGAGAGACAUGGCGAGAAGAUUGAAGACUGCAACCGCCAAAUGGGGAUGGUCCUUUGUAUUUGAGGGGAUGAGACGGGAUUAACCAUGUCUGGAAACAGGUUUUUUUUUCUUUUUGAGGGGGUUUGAGAUCGAAACCGAGGUCGAGCCCAAUGGCCACUGAGGGACCUAGUGAUAGGCCGCAAAAAGACGAGGAGAGAAAAGGUGUCGUCAGUCUAAGACAUUGAAGAACUAAGACACGAGGUGGCUGGGAACCAAGAGCGAGUGAGACUGUGAGUGAGAGUGAGUAUGAGAGCGAGAGAGUGUGGGAGUGAAAGUGGAGGGUGAAAGUCAAGUCACGGUUACAGCCAACGCAGCAAAAUCCAAGACAUGCAGGUAGAUACAUGAUUAGACGCCGGGAGCGGAGGGAACUGCAUAGAACAAAGCAUCAUGUGAAUGAACGAUAACGGUGAACGGCUAUAGCUACUAUAUUGAGGUCUCAGUUGGCCAAGCUACCUUACCUUAUCUACGUACCCAGGUUAACACUCAA